AUGAUAUCUGCUGCCACAGACAUAUACAGCAUCUUGUCGUGGGUGGCGGUUGACCGCCUGGGCAAGCGAGCCCUACUCGACGGCGCUGUCUGUUCCUUUGCCCUCCAUCUAGCUGGAAAGCAAACCUCGGACUCUGAACUGAUAGCUCAGAGCCGGUCGAUAUAUGUCCUCGCACUCAAUGAGCUGCAGGCGGCUCUACGACAUCCUUCAGAAUGGAGCGCGCCCGAAACCCUGUGCUCUGCGAUACUGCUAUGCUUCUUUGAGCUCUUCGCGGGGACUACUGCUCCCGAUACCUGGCUUCAACAUGCCAAGGGCAUUGGCAUAUUAAUGGAGCAACGAGGGCCGACGGCUCAUGCCGAAGGUUGGGACGCGGCCAUGCUACUCUCGUUUCGUGGGAUUCUUAUAAUGAGUGACAUGUUCUAUCCUGGCAAGGGCCAGUUCUUCCUCUCGCAGCCGGCAUGGCACCAGGUCAUGCUCGACCGUGGGAGGCACCUUAUCCACCCGGCCGAGAUCCCAGACGAGACGAUCCGGGUCGCUGACGCCUUCUUCACCAACCUCGUGCAAGUCUCGCCCGUCUUGAAAUGGGGUUAUCUCGUCCGCGAGGCUAACAAGGCUGGCAUCUCGGUCGAGCCAUCCCAGCUCUCCUCUCUGGCCCACCUCGCUGCCGCGAAUCACGCGAGUUUCACCCAGUGGCACGACGAGUUUGCCGUGCUCCCCAUACCGCAACCUAUCGAGGCCGCGCCUAUCGAUCCAGCAUCUUCGCUGUAUGAGACUGUCCUGGUGUACGAGCACCCAUCGGCCGGGGCGAUGCAUAUGGGGUACUGGGCGAGCAUGCUUAUCCUGCAGGAGACUCUGGCGCAAUGCGGGAUGCCGGUUCCCAACUCGGAGGCAUCUCAGCGAGAUCUCGUCGAGAAGAUAUUGCGGUCGGUCGAGUCUGUGGGACAAGGCACCAUGGGGCCGUAUCGGAUUGGGUUUUCGAUGCGUAUAGCGUAUGAGUUUGCUUCUGCCGAGGAGCAGAGGUGGAUCGGGAGUAUGCUGGAUCAAUUCUCGAGAAGUUAUGCGGCUGUUGAUAGGAAGUCGUAUCCCGCUCCAAAGGCGGAUGGUUAUUCGGUGCGAGGCUCGAUCGAGCCGGAGGGUUCACAGUUGUCUGACUACUAA